AUGGCUGUGUAUUGUGAAGUACUUAAGUUAAACUUCCAAUUGCACGAAGAAUCAGCUGUUUUCUCAGUUGAUGUUAUAAAACGAGGGAACGGCUUCCUAGUGGCCACUGCCGGUGGUGACAGUGCUGUUCGCUUAUGGGAGUAUAUCUAUCAACCCUCUCAGCCACCACAAACACCCCAAUCAUUUGUUUAUCGUACAGCUACUUCAGUUGGAGCUCAUUUAAAGCACUUAGCUACACUAGGCAAACAUCGUGGCAGUGUGAAUUGUGUCCGAUUUAGUCCUGAUGGCCAGUACUUAGCCUCUGGUGGUGAUACUGGUUCAGUUUUUCUCUGGCCUCUUGAUCAAGUUCUUAACUCCACUUUAGAAGGCGAAGACCUUCUCUUUCCAGGCGAUCCUUGUACAAUUCGACCCCCUGAUGGCUCAGACAUAUACGACCUGCAAUGGCACAAGGGAAGUAUUAUCUGCGGUACUUCCAAAGGCCGUUUAGAGUCCUAUCUCCCAACCCCACGUUCCACCAGCACUAAAUCCACCACUACUCCCACUAACACUACUACUACUAAUGUUAAUAACACUGCUAAUGGCACUACUACUAAUACUAACACUACUACUAACACUACUACUACUCCCACUACUGCUAAUAACACCACUACUCCCACUAAUAACACAACCACUAACACAACCCAGCCGGAUGUCCAAGUUGAUGCCACUCCUACUUCUACUACUUCUACUACUACACCCAGCUCAAUCUCUACUAACUCAAUCUCUACUAACCCAAUUCCACCCAACCACAUCACUACUAACUCAAUCACUACUAACCCUAUCUCUACUAACUCAACUACACCUAACCCCUCUAAACCCAAACCCCAGUCGACUACUAAAUCAGUUCGUCUUAUCUCUCCCCAUCCAGACUCAGGACUGACUUGUCGCCGUAUCCUUAAUCGUAAAGCUCAUAGUGAUAUUAUUCAAGGCAUUGCCGUCACUGAUAAAGCUAUUGCUUCUUUUGGUAAUGAUCGUAAAAUCAAAAUCUUUACUGAUAAUGGCAAGCUAAUCAAAAAAUUCAACAAAAAGUCCCUACUAACUACCACCCAUACACACUUCUUCCGCCGACUAACUUUUGAUGACCAAGAAACCCUCUAUGCCCCAGCAGCUACCUACUUAGGAUCACCCGCUCUUCUUCUCUUCCAACCACCCAACUAUACUCUCUCGGCCGCACUUGGUCCUUUCUCCUCAUCACCCGGCAAUGUUCUAGCCACUACUGCUCUUCUAUUUGUUACAGCCGGCCGAUCCGUCUAUGUCUUCACUCGACCACGCCCCCAUACACUUCUUCUCCGAGUACUUGAUUGCGCCUUCCUUCCAAUUACCGAUCUAACCAUCCUCUCCCAAUCCCCCACCCAAUCAUCCCUUCUCCUCUCCUCCUCUGAUGGUUUCCUCACCCAACUAACCAUCAUCCUAGACUAA